AUGACAGUUUCCCCAAUUCAGAGUAUUUCCCCAACAAAAGUAGCAGAUGAAGGUGUAAUUCAGAAUAGAAAAUGGACUCCUGUGAAGCAAACUUCCAAAACAGUUGAUUGUGAAGGUACAAAAGACAGACCCAUUUUCGAUAUGGAGAGCAAACUGGGAAGUAGUGCAACUGAUGCUGUUGUAGCUUCAGGAUCAUCUUUCUCUGAUGAGACUUUAUUGAGAGUAGCAGCAGAGUUUGAGGAUAGUAAUAUAUGGAAAGACGACUUUGACUCAAUCGAUGAUGUCUCCGAUCCUUUACUUAAGAAAGAUGCAGAAAAAAAAUUACCAAAAUCUAAGAAAGAUCUUUUAAAAACGCCAAAUGAUAAGAUUGGUCCGAGUAAAAAGUCGGUAACACCAAUGCCAGACUACAAAAACAUGCCCUCUCCUGAUUUAAAGAAAGAGCUAGAGAAGUAUGGAAUCCGUCCUAUAAGUCGCCGGAAAGCCACAAUACUCCUCCAGCAUGUUUAUGAACAGACCCAUCCUCUGGUUACAGAUAGCGAGGCAGAGUCUAGUUUUUGUGAAACACCACAGCGGAAACCACCUGAGAAAAACAAGAAAAGUGUAUCAUCACUUCACCAAAAGGUCAUGGCAAAGAAGGGAACACUUACAAAGAACAAGAAAGAGAGACCAAAUAACAAAAAGGAAGCAAGUUCACAGCCACUGUCAAGUUUGUCUGCAAAACAAGGAAGUUACGAGGAAGGGACGAAGAUUUUGAUCAACUAAAUUCUUCACAGACAUCCAACACAAGUACUGAUGGAUCAGAAUUUGACUGUGCUGAAGAAUCAAUGAUGGUGGGCAUUGGUGACGAUGAUGAUGUAUUAACGUCUACUCAGCAAGUUGAUAUUGGCAGGAAAGUCGCAAAAUUCAUUAAGUGUGAUCCAGAACUGUAUAUGAAAAUACUAUUGUAUGAACCCAUCUUUGUUGAGGAUUUACAAGCAUCACUAAAAGCAAAUGGGAUCAAAACAAAUAUGAAUAAUCUUCUUGAAAUUCUAGAUGAACAGUGCAUCACCUUCCGAACUCAGCAAGGACAAAGGAACAGAUCAAGGAAAAGAAAAUCGCCCAAGAAAAAGACUGCAGCUUCCCCAACCAAGUCACCAAAAAAGAAUUCUUAAGUGACUGUUUAAUACUGUGCUCAGAGAAAGUUUUUUCUCAGUCAAUUGAGAGAGAAUUAUGCUUGUUUUCAUGGUAAAGAAUUUUUGUUUCAGAUUAUUCAAUUAACUAUUGUAUUAAGAAAACAAAGCAGAAUAAUAUUGAUCCAGAAGUUUUGAAUAUGCUCAGGACAGACAUUUUUAGUUCAGUUGAAUAAUAUAGUGCUACUGUACACUUAUUUUUGUAAUGACUUUAUACCUAGAAUAGAAUAGAAAUAUUGUCUAUGGAAGAAAAUAAUAAUGCAUUUCUUCAGGUUAUUUGCAUAGUGCAUUAAUCUGUAAACAUAAAGAUUUAUUUUUACUUUGGUGUACCUACCCUGUGAUAGAGUAUGUCAUAUAUUAUUGCAUACAUUUUUGUGUAAUUAAUAUUCUUAUUUGUUAAUAUAUUUGAUAUUUAAUUAGUUUUGAAGCAAUUUCUUUUCUUGAGUAUUUAUUUACCCAUAAUGUAUUAACUUACUGACACUGGUAAUGCAUGUAUGUAUUACCUUAGCCCCUGGAAAUUUAGUUACUUUUAUUACACAAAGAUGGCUCCACAAUUGCUGUGACUAAGGAAUCAAUUACUAGGGUUUCCUGAUCUCACCUAUUUAUCUUAUUUCUUGUAUAAUAAUGUCAAUAUUAGUAGCAUAAUGUUAUUAUAAAGCAAACCUUUUUCUAAAAAUGUAACAGGUGAGGUUAAGUAGACCUUGUUAUUGACUCAUUGGUGAUUAAGCACUUGUGAAGCCAUCUAUAUGUAAAUAAAUCUGAACAAACAAAUUUACAGUGAUCUGUGAUGUCCUUUGCACUAAUAGUUCAAGAUAGGCAGCUGGUAAAGAUCAAUUAUCAUUAAAUUUCUAUAUUUUAUUAUGCAACCAUUAUUAUUGUACUAGGAUUCUCAAAAGAAGGCAAUGUCUUUCUUUAUGUUCAGGUAUUAGGAUAUUAAGACAAACACAAAUAAAUUAAUGUUUAAUGAAGAUGUAACAUUUUCAAUAAAUAUCAAGAAAGAUA